AUGGAAGAGCAGCAAGAAAGGAGGAACGUUGGAGAGAUAGAACCAGAAGGCGGCCAACCAAGCAGGAACAGUGGCCAAACUGGCCUCGAGCCUGAGGAGCAUAGGAUUGACAUUGUUGAAAUCAGUCAUAGGGAUUGGAUUGAGUCUCUCAGAACGGCAGAAGAAAGAACUCAAUCUCAAAGUCAAUGGCCAAGGAUACCAAAGGUUCCUCAGAUGCUGAGGGGGACCCAGGAUUUCAAGAAAUUCUACGAACCGAGGGUAAUUUCGAUCGGUCCUUACCACCAUGGCAGGCCCCACCUUUACCCAGGGGAAAUGAUCAAGCCUCUAUGCGCCCGAAACUUCCUGGCUGAUAGUAAGCAGGACAUCGAAGCUUUGUACACAAAAAUUGUAAGUAAUAUCGAGGCAGUGGAAAAGUGCUAUGAUUGGAGUAGUACAAAAAAGUAUGAUGAUGAGAAACUCGCCAGGAUGAUGCUUCUGGAUGGGUGUUUUUUACUAUAUUUCAUCUGCAGGGAAGGUAUGAUAAACGUUCUUAAAGUUCACGAAAUAGAUUUUGUGGAGCAGGACUUGUUCUUGCUGGAGAACCAACUUCCCUUUGGAGUCCUCAAGUUGAUUUUUGAGGGAGCAAAUUUCAAGGUUGAUCUACCAAUGGAAAAGAAUAUAAUAAAAUUCGUCACUGUCAUCGGAAUGCCAGAAGGGUUGUCAUCAGAAAUACAGCUGAAAGAGGUGAACUAA